UGGUCUAUCUAUAUGUAUGUGGCUAUCUUUAGUGAGAUAAUACGAAGGGUAUGUUAUUAGUUUAGAUCUAACCAAUUUAAUGAAUUACUCCUAAAGGUUCACAUCAAACUAGUGCUAGUUGAUGCGAGUUACUUCGGAAACAAACGGACUAAAGUCAAAUUCAUUUGGGGUAUUCUCUCAAUUCCAAAAAAGCAACGGGAUCAAGUAUGAGUUGUCGAUCAGAACAUAUAUGGAUAGAACCUAUAAAGGGGGCUCGAAAAACAAGUAAUUUCUGCUGGGCUAUUAUCCUUUUUUUAGGUUCAUUAGGAUUCUUGUUGGUUGGAACCUCGAGUUAUCUUGGUAGAAAUUUGAUAUCUUUAUUUCCGUCUCAGGAAAUCGUUUUUUUUCCACAAGGAAUUGUGAUGUCUUUCUAUGGGAUCGCGGGUCUUUUUAUUAGCUCCUAUUUGUGGUGCACAAUUUCGUGGAAUGUAGGUAGUGGUUAUGAUCGAUUUGAUAUAAAAGACGGAAUAGUGUGUAUCUUUCGUUGGGGAUUUCCUGGAAAAAAUCGUCGGGUCUUUCUCCGAUUUCUUAUAAAAGAUAUUCAAUCCGUCAGAAUAGAAGUUAAAGAGGGUAUUUAUGCUCGGCGUGUCCUUUAUAUGGAUAUCAGAGGCCAGGGAGCCAUUCCAUUGACUCGUACUGAUGAGAAUUUUACUCCGCGGGAAAUGGAACAAAAAGCUGCUGAAUUGGCCUAUUUCUUGCGUGUACCAAUUGAAGUAUUUUAAGAAAUGAGCCG